UCCCAUUCCCCUGCCUGCGACGCCCCUUCCUCGGCCCAUAGCCGUCCCACAAACACCCCCUGCAAUCUUGCUUCCUGUCCGGAUUGCGAGUCCAUUCCCGUCGUUUGGGCCUUCCUCCCCCCACCCCAGCCGCAUUCCAGCCCCGCGCUCCCAAAAGCCUAGCCCAUCCUCAACCGGCACCUCCGUCUGGUCUCCCUCAACCUCAAGCCUCUCCCUCCCGUCACCCUCGCCAUGCCUGGAUCAUCCCAAUCUUCAAGCGAGUCUACUCCUCUCCUCGCCCACCCGGCUGACCAGCUGCAGCAACAGCCCCCUGCUGGGCCCGAUGGCGCCUCCGCCUCAUCCACCUCAGGCUGGCUCUCGUGGCGCAAACCCGGGAUAGUACUGCUGCUGCCACCCAUGUUUGUCCACUACAUCGCCCAGAUCAUGAUCCAGAUCUCGCUGCUCUACCUGGUCCUCAUGGUCGCCUGCUACCGAAUCAAGAGUCCCGAUUCCAGCACCAUCUUCUCGACCGAGCCCGACGACCAGAACUGCAACGAUCCCGCCGUGCAGGCCCUCUCUGCCUUCUGGCUCUCCACCCUCAGCGUCGUCACCGGCAUCACCGAGCUCGUGGUCACUCCCAUCGUAGGCUUUAUCUCGGAUCGGUACGGCCGCAAUAUCAUCAUGGGAAUGAACGCUGUCGGAGGCAUAGUCUACUCUGUCGGUAUCAUCGCCCUGGCUCAUUUUGGCGGAGAUAUGUGGGUGCUGAUCCUCAUCCUCUCGGCGCAAGCCUUGUUGGGUGGCGUUGCCGCGAACGAGAUCUUCGGCUCCGCCUACAUCGCCGACAUCACCGAUAAGAAGUCCAGGGCCACGUACUUCACCAUGCUCGAGUCGUGCAUGUCGGUGGCGCUGAUGCUGGGCCCUCUGGCGGCCGGUGCCCUAUCCAAGAUCAAUCUACUGGUGGUCUACUAUGUCGCGGUCGUCCUGGAGGCGGUGGUCUUUCUCUAUGUCGUUUUUAUCCUUCCCGAAUCCCUGAAGAAACCCAGCGGCCCGACCGCCAACGGGCCCGCUGGAGGCUCGAUCACCACCACCAAACCCAACCUGAAGCAGACCAUUACCGGCGUCAUCAAGAACUACAGCGACAGCAUCGGCUACAUCUCGCGCUUCCUGACGUCCAACAGCCACACCACCUCCCUGCGCAUCAUGUUGCUGUGCACGUUUCUCUUGUCCAUGAGCGCCACCGGCUUCAUGUCCAUUGUGGUGCUCUACACCAACCUGAAGUUUGGAUGGGAUGAACUAUCGCUGGCCUCGUUUAUCUCCAUGGUCUCUGCCUCCAAGUUGUUGAUGCAGACACUGGUCCUGCCGGUCCUGUUCCGGAUGGUUUCGCGCCAGCCCAAGGCCGAGGACAGAGCCUUCUGGGAGCUCAUUUUCAUCCGGUCGGCAUACCUGGGCUAUGCCGCCUCGAUCGUCGUGACUGCGUUUAUUACCGAGGGAUGGCAGAUGAUUUUCGUGGCUAUCCUCGACACUAUCGUCAUCGUCGCUCGUCCCGUCACCCGAAGCAUCUUCUCGCGGCUGGUGUCGGUCGAGGAACAGGGCCGUCUCUUUUCGUCUCUGUCGGUCCUGCAGCAGCUGGCGUCGAUCUUGGCGUCCUUCUUGUUCGGGUUCAUUUACUCCGCAACGGUAUCUACCAUGGCCAACUUUACGAUGCUGCUAAUUGGCUCGCUGAUGACGGCAACCUUCAUUGCCACUCUGUUCUGCAACCAUCACGACUUUGCAGGCCACGCCGAAGAGGUCGUCGCUGUGGAGCCUGCUGAGGAGGAUCCCACACCCGCAGCCUGAUCGCACGGACAUUGUGGAAGCAAGGUGCGAGGGGGGGCAGGGAACACUGUAUCAAAUCAUCUCAUUCUGAAUAUCGACUCAAGACAAUGGCCAUGCGAGCAGCUCUCGCCUCCCUCCCGCUAGCGACCCUAUAAAUACUCUGACACACUCCAGCGUGUGAACCGCAAUACCCCAUAAUAAGAUUUAUUCAGAACGAAACGGAGCAGUGCCUUUCUGGCUUCAGAUGCUUGAAACCCGCUGACCUACUCUAGGCUCCAGUGAGCAAGCCGCGCGAUUGUUUCCUGUCCUG